UUUUGAAAAUGUCAUAACCUUUUUGAGCAAGUGUGCGUUAACGGUAUAUAAACAUAUCAAGAAAAUGGCUAUUCAUAUGCAUUUUAACAAGGAAGAAAUUCCUGAAAAAGAAUCUGUUUUACAUUUAAUGCCGUGUAAAAUUCAUGGUGAUGAAUCUGCUAAAGUUUCAUCUUAUUUUGAACCUUAUAUUCGAAAAGAAAAUGAUGAAUAUUUACAAGCAACAUUUCGGGGAUAUCUUCUUCAAGGACAAAAAGUCACAGUGCCUAAAGGUUAUUCUGGUAUAACUUUUUUUGAAUACAAAAAACCCGACACUGAAGACGUUGAAAGAAAUAUUUAUUCUAAUGGAAAAUUCUCUGAAUUCACUUAUUGGAAUUAUGACAAAAUCCCUUCUAAAAAUGAUGCUUUGGCUGCUGCUUUAGAUUGGAUUGAUAUUGCCGAGGCUCUUCAUGCUCCAGAAAAAUCGGACGACAAAUCAUAGCUAAAAGCAAAAUAUUUUUUAUAUUUAAAUUAAGGAAAUAAUAUGUAAGUUUUUUUAAAAUAAUUUUUAAUAAAUUAGAUGAAUGCGAUUUAAAAUUAGGAAAAUAUUUUGAAAUAAAAAUAGUUACUUUAAUGAGA